AUGGAAGCUAAGGAGAUGUAUGAAGAGUUUCAAUGUUAUACUCAUAUUGAUGAAGUGAUCAUUUCAUUCAAGAGAGAUAUAAGAGGUAGGCGUUAUGACUUUGUUAGGUUUUUUUAUGUCAAGGACGAAGAUCUUUUGGCUGUGAAGCUGAAUAACAUAUUCAUUGAUCGAAAGAAGAUGUUUGUCAAUGUGCUUAGGUUUCAAAGGAAACAGCAUGUAAAGCCGGGUGAAGCGAGGAGAAGGAAGGAUUGGGGUAAGCAACUAAUGUUCCAUGAGAAAAAGCCCAGGUUCAUUAAUGAAUCCUCAAGAUCAAUUAGAGGACACUUUUACGCGGACGUGCUGAAGCCUAAGGUCUAUCCUUUUGAGUACAAUACCAGAUGUAAGGUUAAGUUCUAA